AUGCUUGGGAGUGUUACACUGUUGGAACUGAAAGCCAGUUUGAAUGACAGUAAAAAUUAUCUUGGUGACUGGACUGAAUCUGAUGAGUUUCCUUGUAAAUGGACUGGUAUAACUUGCAGCCAGCAAGAACAAAAAGUAAUAUCUAUGUAUGUGAGAUUUGUAAGAAAUUUGCCAUACAUGCAGCUUGCAGGAAUUAUAUCCCCCGCCAUCUCUAAACUCGAUAAAUUACAAAGAUUGGGACUUCACCAGAAUAAACUUCACGGUAUCAUCCCCGCUGAAAUUUCUCAAUGUUCUGAGCUAAGAGCCUUGUAUCUUCGAGCUAACAAUUUCGAAGGUGGCAUACCUUCAACUAUGGGAAACCUUUCUCAUUUGCGUAUAUUGGAUUUGUCGAGCAAUUUGCUGAAAGGUGCUAUACCAUCGUCUUUAGUUCGAUUAAGGAAUUUAACUCAUCUAAAUCUGUCUUCAAACUUCUUGACCGGCGAGAUUCCAAAUGUUGGAGCACUAGCCAGAUUCGGGUUCACAUCGUUUAAUGGCAAUUCAGAUCUAUGUGGCCUACAAGUGAACAAGCCUUGUCAAACAUCCCUUGGAUUUCCUGCUGUGUUGCCUCAUGUUGCAAGUGAUGAGGAAACGGAGCACAAGAAAUCGUCUCAUUAUAUCAAAGGAUUAGUGAUCGGUGCCAUGUCCAUGCUCGGUUUUGCCAUUAUUUUGCUUCUCGGUUUUCUCUUCAUUUGGUUGUUCACAAAGAAGGAAAGAGCUGCUAAGAAGUACACAGAAGUGAAAAAACAAGUUCAUCAAGAACCAAGAGCAAAGCUUAUCACUUUCCACGGCGAUCUUCCAUACCCAUCUUGCGAGCUUGUGGAAAAAAUUGAGUCUCUUGAUGAAGAGGACAUUGUUGGGUCCGGAGGAUUCGGUACCGUGUAUAGAAUGGUUAUGAACGACUGUGGAACUUUUGCCGUUAAAAAAAUCGACCGAGCAAGGGAUGGUUCGGAUCAAGUGUUUGAACGGGAGCUCGAAAUCUUGGGUAGCAUUAAACAUAUUAAUCUCGUCAACUUGAGAGGUUACUGCCGACUUCCAACCGCAAAGCUUCUUAUAUACGAUUACUUAGCCAUGGGCAGCUUGGAUUACUUUUUGCAUGAUAAUUUAGCGGAAGAACGUUUGCUGAACUGGAAUGCACGCGUGAGAAUAGCUGUGGGUUCGGCUCGAGGAUUGGCUUAUCUACACCAUGAUUGUUCCCCAAAGAUAGUCCAUCGGGAUAUAAAAUCGAGCAAUAUACUCCUUGAUGAGAAUCUCGUGCCUCAUGUCUCGGAUUUCGGUCUUGCUAAACUAUUAGUUGACGAGGAUACACAUGUCACGACUGUGGUUGCCGGGACAUUUGGUUAUCUUGCUCCAGAGUACUUACAGAGUGGUAGAGCCACCGAGAAAUCGGACGUUUACAGUUUUGGAGUACUACUCUUAGAGCUCAUAACCGGAAAACGACCCACCGACCCAUCUUUCGUUCAGAAAGGCCUAAAUGUCGUUGGCUGGAUGAACACGCUCUUGAGGGAAAAUCGAGUGGAUAAUGUGGUGGACAAAAAAUGUUCGGAUGCUGAUGUGGACACAGUAGAGGUACUUGUAGAAAUUGCGGCGAGAUGCACGGAUGCUAAUCCAGACGAGCGGCCCACAAUGCAUCAGGUCGUGCAAAUGCUCGAGCAGGAGGUGAUGUCACCUUACCUAAGCGAAUUUUACGACUCUCAUUCGGACAAGUGUUGAGAGGUAACCAUCGAUGUAGUGUGUCUCCGUAAUCGCGUAAAAUAGAGUAUGGCCGAAUCAAUUUGCGUUCACGAGAGAGUGAAUGUAUAUUAUUUCAUUUUAUUUUUUUGAAUCUGUUGAAGUAACAUUAUAAUUAUGGUUUAAAAAGCUUGCAGUUGCAGAUUGCUUCUUGGGAGCUAUAUAGUCUAUAGAUUCUAUAUAUUAGAGUUUCUAUAUUAUCUGAUUAGCGGAUAGUUAUUUAUUAUUUUUAGGCGGAUAUGAGAAUGCUUCAAUUUUUUCUGGUCAAUUACAAUUUAUUUUAUUAAAA